UUGCCAAGGAGAGGGAUGUACACACCUUGUCGGAACAGAAACAACAUAACACCAACAUCUUGGGAGGCUGAAUGCAUAUAUGCUCACUUCACACGAUUCUUUGUUAUGUUUAUAUAAAUCCAGACCGCAAUCAUAAAAGGAGGCACGAUAUAUCAUGGUACAAAGUUGGCACCCGCAGACAUAAUUGACUUGCGAAGAAAAGAAAUGAGCUGGACAUCGAGUGGAUUCAAGUGACCCCACACAGCUGUGACCUACGGAUCACCGGAGACCCAGACAACGUUGGAGGAGAGGGGGCUGCUCGUCCUUUCGUAUGACGCCUGAAGGAUGAAUCGGUACACCACGCUGAAGCAACUGGGAGAUGGCACAUACGGCAGUGUGCUCAUGGGGAAAAGCAAUGAGUCAGGAGAGCUGGUGGCCAUUAAGAGGAUGAAGAGGAAGUUCUAUUCCUGGGAGGAAUGCAUGAAUCUGAGAGAAGUCAAGUCACUAAAGAAACUAAAUCAUGCCAAUGUUGUGAAACUGAAGGAGGUCAUCCGUGAGAAUGACCACUUGUACUUUGUCUUCGAGUACAUGAAGGAGAAUCUCUAUCAGCUAAUGAAGGACAGAGAAAAUAAGAUGUUCACUGAAAAUGAAAUCAGAAACAUCAUGUUUCAGGUGAUCUCUGGCUUAGCCUUUGUGCACAAACAUGGGUUUUUCCAUCGAGAUAUGAAGCCUGAAAACCUGCUCUGCAUGGGUCCAGAGCUGGUGAAAAUAGCAGACUUCGGACUGGCCAGGGAGAUCAGAUCCCGCCCCCCAUACACAGACUAUGUCUCCACACGAUGGUAUCGCGCUCCAGAGGUUCUCCUCCGGUCAUCUGUGUACAGCUCCCCCAUAGACAUCUGGGCCGUAGGCUGCAUUAUGGCCGAGCUCUACACCCUCAGGCCACUGUUCCCUGGCAACAGCGAGGUGGACGAGAUCUUCAAGAUCUGCCAGGUCCUUGGCACGGUGAAGAAGUCUGAUUGGCCUGAGGGAUACCAGCUUGCGUCAGCAAUGAACUUCCGCUUCCCACAGUGUGUCCCCACCCCUCUGAAGACCCUAAUCCCCAACGCAAGUCAUGAGGCCAUCUCCCUGAUGAGGGACAUGCUCCAGUGGGACCCCAAGAAGAGACCCACGGCUGCACAGGCUCUACGAUAUCCCUACUUUCAAGUGGGGCAAUUGCUGGGUCCCCGACCACAGAGUUCAGAUCUCCGAAAGUCCCAAGCAAAGUCGUCCCAGGCUACAGAUCCUAAACUAGAGAUCCAGUCGGCCUCAGAACCGGUGCUAAAGUCCUCGACGAAGCUGUCUGGCAGGAGUUCCCAGCAGCCCCUUCAGCCUCUACCUCAGAACGUCCCUCAGACAGAGCACCACAGCGACCCGCUCAAACAGGAGCGACCACACGGACUCCCAAAGAAGUCUUCUCUGCCAGGUAGCGAGAACACUGUGGUGGGUGUGAAGGGUGGACGUAGGCGGUGGGGUCAGACCAUGUCCAAACCGUCGGACAGCUGGGAUGACUCAGAUCGCUCGGACACUGCCGUGUCCAGCUCCAAGAAGCCCAGCAUAGGCCCUGAGGAGGAGAAGGCCAACAAGGACUCCAACGCUCAGUCCAAGGAACAAAAAGCCCUGUAUACCUUCAGCACUGUGACAAAGCUGCCAAGCAACAUUAAAGUCAACCAGACAGAUUUGGGUAUCCAGAAUUCAACCUCAGCCAGACAGCAUUACCUGCGCCAGUCACGCUAUCUUCCAGGCUUGAUUAGCAAGAACACAUCAUCAUCGGGUGACAAGGGCACAAGCAAGGACCCGCUGGACGGCACCACGAAUCCCAUGAACAAGCCACUUGCUCCCAUUGGUGGUGGAUCAUCCAUCACCCGGGUCAACGCAGAAGAGGGCACUUCUAAAUCAUCUGAUAAACCAAAAGAAAAAACACUUGACAGAAUUGAGCAGCCAAAAGGUAACUUCAUUAGCACAACGUACAACCUCUCCGGAGGUUACAUCCCGUCCUUCCAAAAAAGGGAAGUCGGCUCUGUGGGUCAGAGGAUCCAGCUCGCUCCCAUAGGAGGUCAGCACGCACUGGAUCUUUCCACUGUUCCGGAUAGUAAAACUGGCAAAACUAAAUCUUCUAAGCCAAAGCCAAUUUCCAGCGCUUCUCUUACUGAGAGCAAUGAAGAUUAUGAAGGGUGGAAGAAGAGAAUGGAGAGAUCACAGCUGAAGGGCAGCAGCUACUCGGCCCUGGGGAAGAACUCUGGGAACCUGCUGACGCGCGCGCAGCCCGUCCACGGCAGAGUCGACUGGGCAGCCAAGUAUGGAACCCACCGGUAGCGCGUCUCAGAGAGAAAACAGAUCUUCACCUUUCCUUCCCCAGCAUUUGUACAUUCCUGUAAUGCAGGCCUUAGUGGAGCUUGAGCAGCCUGCACCAAGAGCCUCCAAAGACCUCUGUUGUGGCGAAGUGCUCCAAACAGCAGUGUGAUCACUGCAUCCAUAUGAAGGUAACAAAGGGAAUCCGGCUCUGCUUUCACUGCGUGAUGGCAGAGUCUUGUGUAACAUCAUAGACACAUAUUACAGAUUAUAGUGACUGUAUUAAAAGAUCAUCGGAUUUUGGUUAUUGAUACAAUCAAAUACUGAACGAUUUUUUUUUACCUAGUUUGAAAUUUAUUUUCAUUUAUUUUAUCUAUCAGCAGACUUUGUGUUGUUAAGUCAGUCUUUUAAAAUGAAUGUCUGAAGAUGGGGUUAUUUUGUAUGUUUGACCCACCACAUUGAGUCCAUUAGAUUAUGCUGUUUGGUAGCGGUCUAAUAUUUUGCAAGACACAUCUUGAAAUAUUUUCUAUUUGGUAUUUUAUUUGUCCUAACCACCUUAAACAAUAGGGUAUGUGACUUUUGAUAGCUUUUCAGGUCUUUCUGAAACUUUUUUGUACUACCAUUAGUUAGAAAUGAGACUGUAAAAUGGGCCUUAGUCUCACAAAACUUUACAGGAUGCAUGUAAUAAAGACUGUUUUGUAAGUA